AGAAACAAGUUAUUGCCCUUGUUUCAAAAUGGUGAAUUACUUCCUAAACAAAUAAAUAUUCAGCACCCAGUGUUGUUGAAUAUAACUCAUUUUGCUACAUAACUGCUAUUUCUACACUUGAAAAAACAGUCAUCAUUAAUCAUGAGAGAAUCAAGAGACUAUGAGAGUUCCGGCAUUCCUAAGCUAUUUCACAUAUUUCAUGGCGAAGUAAGUAGUCCAAAUAUGAUUGAUCAUAAUCAUAAUCAUUGAGAAUUGAAUUUGACAUUUGACAAUUUAAAAUAAUCAUAAGAGCAUACACAGUCUAAAUCCAUUCGCUAAUGCAGCGUAACUUUUGAACACUGUCACUCACUGUACUAUUUAUGGCCUAUGUGUAGUUUACUGCUGAGAUGAUUAUAAAAGUUUAUAAAUAUUAUUUUUGUAAAACUUACACUUACACCCACUUACUUGCACAUGGGCACAUGGCAUGACAUGGAUGGUGUAGGUGUUAAAUUAAGUAAAGUUUUAACAAAUUAGCUCUAGGCUGGUCCGACUUGGAAACUUAGGCUUUAACUUUAACACAAUGUGUGUAAUUUGAAUUUGGGUUUCUCAUGUCACAUGUGCAAUAAUUUGGACACUGCCUAUUUCCAGCCCUUUUCAGAGAAAAUAUUGUCAUAAGAUUGGAACUUAAUUCUUAAAAAUUUUGGUCUACCCAGUGUUCACUACAUUUACUUUGCAACUGAGACUAUGCCAGGAAGAUGGUGAGCACAACUUGUCCAUGGGUCUGACUACAUAGCUUAAAUUAAUCUGAGGAAUACACUAAAGUUGCGGUAAAUGCAAAAAGAUGGCACCCUGACAUAUCACGCGACCGCAAUAUUGGUUGCCGCAACCCGUGAACUUUGACGGGUUCACGGAUCGCGGCAACCAAGAUAGCGGCCGUGCAAAAAUAAAAUUAGGAAUAAAACGUUAAAAAUUAAUGAAAAAAUUUCCUAAAUGUAUCCUUAAACCUAACCUGGGUAUUGACUCUAAACCUAACCUAGGUAUAGACCCUAACCUGGGUGUAGACCCUAACCUGACUCCCUAAAUUUAACUCUAAACCUAACCCAAACCCUAAAACUAGCCCUAAAGCCAAAGUAAAAAUCAUAUGGCAAUUACACACUGUGGCAAGAAAACUAUGAAAAUGAACAAAAACAAUAAAAAAAACGUCCAAAAUUAAUUACAAAUUAAAGAAAUAAUGAAUCUUAAAUGAAAACCCAACUUACAGUUUCAUAUAAUACACUUUGACACACUUAAUUUCAGGUUCCACCUAAAAGAAUAUCCAGAAAAUGAAUAAAAUACAGUGUUUCCAAUUCGUGUCAAAGAUGGCAGAAUACAAAAAAUAUUAUAAUUAGCCAACCAAUUAAAUUUUAAAAUUAUAAUUAAUCAACCAAUAAAAAUUUAAUUAAAACAAGCCAUUGUCAUAUUAAGGAAAAUGUAACUCUAUUAACAAAACACUAAGGGGAGUGAAUCCUAAACAGAAACUUAACAAAAACAUGUAAAUGAUGUCACUUUGCCAUCUCUUUGCAUUACCCAAAGUUGCUACAUUUGCCCCAUCUUGUUGUUAGUGUCUGCAAGGAAAGUAAUGAAACAUUCCUACUUUGCAUAGUUAAUAAUGAACAUAAGUAUGACAUAACUUCUUGUACGGCUGUCUUCACAGUUAAUACACUUAAGAUUGGAAAAAACAUAGCCCUAUGAAUAAUAAAUUUAACUCAAUUUUAUUCUGGUUGACCCCAAAUCAUGCUUACACCUUGUGCCAGUUAGGGAGUAUUAAUCUCUGUUCAUUGCAUAUCUUUACGAUGCAUUAUUCUCUGCCUAAUUACCGACAGUUAAAUGAUUAAAUUAUUUUGAGGAAUAUGGUACAUGUUUAUUGUUGUCAAUAAUUAUAGCUAUAGAUGUAAUAUUUUCAGUAGAUUAUUAUUUUUUCUACCUUUGAUUUAACUUUCAGCCAUUAUUCAUAAUUGUAUGGUGUUAAGAUAAAUUUCCAUUAAAUAAUUUAAAUAACAAGCUGCAACAAAAAAUUACAAUGGUAUUGGGUAAGUAGUUAAGAAACUAUUCGAUCCUCUGACCUCAGAAUUUUUCAACAUAUGCAAGUGGCUAAAAUUUAGGAUGGUUUCACUGUUAACUCAGCUGCAAAUGUAACCUUAAAUGUUCUUAACAAAAGUCUUAUCGUGUGGACUAUGUUUUGACUAUUUGAGACUGACAAUUUUAGUCAGACUUGUUAAGUUAUUUGAUACCGGUAUAUUUGAAUAAUAUGAGUCAUUAAAAAUUAAUGUGUUAACUACCAGAGGAUAUUUAAUUAUCUGGUAUUUAUUGAACCCUUUGCUACCACAAGUUUUUCAUUUCAAAUAACUUGAAAUUAAUUAUCUCAACCAGGACAAUACAAGACCUUAAAAACAGCAUAGCUUUUCUAGAAUUACAAAAUCUGCAAUUAUUCGUUGUUUAGGAUUAAAAAUAUUGGUAAUUAACACUGAAAAAUGAAAACACACAUAAUUUUGCUAACAUAAAAAAUGAUAAAAGUAUAUACAGUUUAUUUACAAAUAUACAACUUGGAAUGUAUGAACUUGAACACUCCUUUAUAUAUUCUUUGACAGGUUGCUAGUUUGCAAGCCUAUGGAGCUUUCAUUAAAAUUCCUGGAUGUCGGAAGCAAGGUGGCUAUUUUUGUUUACAUUUCAAUAUAAAGUUAAAUUUUGUGUGCUCAGUGAAUUUAGUAAAACAAAAUGCAGCUCCAUGUCCAAAAUUAACUAUUUGCCAUUCUAUUACAAAUUAUUAAAAAAUUAAAAAUCUCACCCUUAUGGGAAUUUAGGUCAUCACUUAAUAUGCUUUAAUUUAUAUAAUAACAUUUUCUCGGAAAUUCAUUGUAGUUUUACAGUACUUAACUUUUUUGUUUCAAUUAAUUCAUAUCAUUCAUCUACCAUUAGUGAAAAAUAUUUAUUUUAUCAAUUAGCUUGGUUUGAUUAUUAUGACAUCUAAUUAGCUUAUCACUUUAUGUCUUGUCCUUGGCUUGUUAUUUGAAGUAACAUAUAUUCAACUGAAUCCACUCAUUUAAAAAAAAAUUAAUCAUUUGUUAAGAUAAUUAUCAUACGGAAAGUUUCAUAUAUCCCUUUGUUACUUGCAAGGGCUGAAAUAAUGUUAUCCCUAGCACUUUGAACACUUAGUCAUUUCGUUUGAUAUAAGAUACUAACUCACUUCAUCAUCUGCUACACCCAUGUAAAAAUAUACUCCCCAGAGGGUUAGCUAGCCAUGGGGGCAAAGAACAACUAGGGUUGUGUUUAGUGCAAGGAUGAAUCUACUACAAUACACUGGACAUUUCCAAGUUCCAUCUGAUGGUUCCUGCCUUAUUUUACUUCCCUCCUCCUGGGUCCUGAUGCAGUAUAUUACACAUUUGUCUGCAUGUAUAUUUAACAUCAUUAUUAUAUUUUCACUUUGCUCUAGGUAAUGGACAGAAUGGAAUCGUGUUUGGAAUUCAUUAUUUUUUUUUAAAAAUUGUUCUUCGUUUAAAUAUUUAUUUGGUUAAAUACAAAAAUUGUCUGCUUAUUAAAGUCUUCAUAAGUCAGCAGACUUAUUGACAUUUUUUUAAAAAGGACAUGUCUCAAUUAGUCUAAGUCAUUGUUUUAAAAAAAUUUAUAUUAAAAUUAGUGGCUUCAAAUUAAUGCCUUUAAUAAUAUUAUCACACAAUACUUUCUUCCUAAACUAAUCAGGGCUUGUGCAUAAAAGUCAAAUGUCCAAUGGCAGAGUAGAUGAUCCUUCUGAGAUGCUAGCCAAGGGUGAAAAGGUUUACUGCAAGGUUAUUUCUAUGGAGGUAUGCUUAUAAUAAGGAUAUUUCUGCUAACAGUUAAAAUGGCCUAUUUAGGAUACUGUGGGGAUGUAGAAAAGAAAAAAACAAGAAUGAUAUUGUCCAAACUAAAGUUGUAUAAAUUCAUGACAUGCUUUAUAACUGAAAUUCUAAAAAUCAUCACAGGGUGAUGGUGAAAAGAUCUCUCUCUCCAUGAAGGUUGUUAACCAAUCUUCAGGCAAAGAUUUGGACCCCAAUAAUGUGCAGUCCAAGUAAGUUGUGGAUUCUUGAAUUUUUCCAUCUAUUAUAAUUAAUGUUUGAAAGAAAAGCAGAGGAUAAUAAUAAUAAUAAAGUUUAUUUAAAAAAAUAUGCUUCAUCCCCAAAGGCUCGAAGCGCGGAUAAUGAUAAUAAAAGAUUUGUUAACAGUUGUUUAGUUAAAUUCACAUGAUCCUAUUCUAAGCACUGCAUUCUAAUCCAUUACUUAAGACUUCCCUGUCCAUAAAAGAAAUACAUAGUUUACAGAAUAAUUCUGGGAAGUAUACCAUUAUGCAAAGUGAAAUUUUAAGACAAAAAUUGAAAAAAUUUCUUUGAAAAAUUAUAUUUUCCAUUGAUCAGUCAAGAUGAGAAGAAACGCCGCCAAUGGAAUAACCAUGGCCGUGGUAGAAUUGAGCUUGGUGCUGAACUGAACACAACUUGCCGCAGGUGUGGUGUAAGAGGUACAAGUUGUUUUUUUAAUAAAUAAAAGUAUCACAUUUGAUGUACGGUCCGUUCAUGGUUAAUAAACAAGUUCCAUUCUGAGAGACCAUUUUUUACAUCUUUGAUUCAUCAUGCAUCAAACCACCUAAAUAUUAUCAAUUUCAGACCUGUUUACCCUCAAACUCUUAAAAUCUUACAAUAUCAUCACAAAAUCAGUCAAUACAUUAUUUUAAUAGUAAAAUAUUAGGAAGCGUCGGCCACCGACCCCCUCGGCGUUUGCCUGGAAACAUAACUACUGGGCACGCCCCGCGUGGGCAGACAAAGGGUGUGCUCGGUACCUGCCGUACAUAAAACAGCUCCCACAGGGCUGCCGGAUGUGAUAUCUCGCAUUCGGAAAGUUAGGCAGAACCAGGGUAGGGAUAACUGGGCACGCCCCGCGUGGGCAGACAAAGGGUGUGCUCGGUACCUGCCGUACAUAAAACAGCUCCCACAGGGCUGCCGGAUGUGAUAUCUCGCAUUCGGAAAGUUAGGCAGAACCAGGGUAGGGAUCAUGAUUACAAGUUGCCGUUGACGGGUAUGAAGCCAGGGGCGAGGAUUAAAAAAAUGCAGCUGUGAGAACGCUGCCCCUAGGCAACCGUUUCGUCCCAGCUACAUCGUGAGCUAGUCACGUUGUGGAAACCCACUGUGGAAUCCCUCUUAUAGGGCGUCCGACGCUUUCCCGGGAUGGGUGGGGAAGAUAUUAGGAAGUAAAUUUUCCAUCCCAACUCCUGAGAAAGUCGAUCAAGUGCACUGUUUAAACGCAUAGUGUCGGAUUAACCGGGUGCCUCCUCGUUGGGGCGGCCCCCAGGCAGGGGACUUGGGUGAGGGGCCCGUGUGGGGGCCGUCCUGAUGAGUGGGCAUCUCCAACGUGCCACUCCGCGGCCUGAUACGUCGGACCGGGGAGGGGUAAUUUGGGGGGGGGGCAUAAGAGUCUAGACUCGCCCCGCUGACGCCAUUUCUUAAUGUAACAUUUCAAUAGUAAAAAAAAAAUAAUAAACAUACAGUGUAUAUAUAUAUAUAUACACUUCAAAAUCGUACAAUGUAUGCCAAAAUCGUAAAAGUAAACAGGUCUGCAAUUUUAACUGUCAAUUUCAUGUAUAAAGAGCACUGUAUUAAAUUUUUAAAAGUUUGUUUAAUAUAAUCAUACUCGUGAAUGUAAACUAAAGAAUUUUCAUUAUCCUAAAAAUAUGAUGUUUACUAUAGCGUGGAUGCUUAAAUCAAUACUUUGUAACCAAGAAAUGCAUGUAAUUUGUGACCUACCAUUAUGGUUUUGAAAACUGCAUCCGUUUUAAGAUUUGCCUCGCUGAAUAAACAAUACAUGACAAAGGAAAAAGAAAAACAGUAGACAAAGAAAAUGAUGCCAAAGCUAGUGAUGCUUACUAUAUUCAACAAUAUUGUAUAUGCUAUUAAAUUUCAAGAAAAAUACAAAUUCCAAUACAGAAACAAACAAAAAACUUUUUCAAAUAACAGUACAGCAAGUGAAAAGGUAUACUUUUGAAAAAUAUAUACCGGUAUAUUAAUUUACACACACACAUAAAGAGUACAACAUUGCAAUUAUAUACUGUCUCCUAAACAGGAAAUAUAGCAAAAAUCUGUCUCUCUCUCUCCCUCUGCUAAGAAGGCUGCCGGGAUAUAUAUAUUAUGUAGGGAAUAAAUCAGAACGAUCUAGUAAAGAUAUUCUAGAAAUUGCGUCACCUGAUAGCAUUCUUUAGAACAAAUAGAGCACAUUUCGAACAUUAACAACCUUUUCCCAAUCAAGGGCCGGUUGAGUAAGGAGUGACACAGCACAUUCACUCAAUGACAUCAAUAUCAGAGCAAAACAAAAGGGGAGACAAGUGGUGGUGGCUAAAAAUAGACCUACAUUUAUGCCAUAAUAAAUUGUAAAGACAAAGUUACUGGCACUAUCCACAACUAGUUUAAAAUAAUUGACUGAUAUUUUUCUGCUAAUACCAGUACUUUGUAUUAAAAUAUCCAUUCUAUCUUAUCAUUUCUAAUGCGGCUACUUUGUACUAAUUUGUACUAAAAUAUCCAUUCUGUAUCAUCAUUUUAAUGUGGUACUGGUCCUUUGUACUAAAGUAUCCAUUCUAUAUCAUCGUUUUUAUUGCCGGUACUUUGCACUAAAAUAUUCCUUCUUUAUUAUCAUUUCUUAUACCAGUAAUUAGUCCGAAAAUAUCCAUUCUGAAUCAUUAUUUCUAUAAAACAAACUUAAAAUAUCCAUUCUAUAUCGUAAUUUUUAUUGCCGGUACUUUUUACUAAAAUAUACAUUCUGAAUCAUUAUUUCUAAAAACCUGAACUAAAAUAUCCAUUCUUUAUCAUUAUUUCUAAUACAGGGUUAUCCAUUAAUUUUUUUGACAAAAUUCACACAGGUCAUCUUGCUAUUGAUUGCUUUUCAAGGAAGGGGGAUAGAAACUAUGACCUUGUUCCAGACCUUGACAAAAUGACAAACGGAUCUUCAGAUGAUGAUCUUUCAGAUUCUUCAAACAAGAAGAAGAAGAGGAAGAAGGUAAUUAACUUCCUCAGAAGAUCAUUAGAGCAUUUUUUUUCUUAUACCUGAUUCUUUGCACUUAGCUUAUAGCAUUGGUACCUGCUGUCUGCUCUCCCAAAUGUCCAAGUUAAUGAAAAACAAGAUGAUUUGAGAGGGAUAGUUUUUUUGUUGUUGACAAUUUGUCGAGUAUGAGCGUUCAUUAGUAAUUGUUGCGACUGAAUAUUACGUUCAUUAGUUGUUGAACGGUUUUCCCGCGCUUGACUCUUAUAGUUAUUGAACGCUCUUCCCGCCAUUGUCUCUAUGAUGUACUUUUAUGCUGAAUCGUGACAUAUUGUCUAUGCAGUAUUGUGAAGUAUGUUUUAGUCGUGCGGCGGUCUUCAGUGGAACUUUGGAGUGGUAGUAUGUGUAUUAUAUUUACUUAGACAUUAAAGUUUUAAUUAUUAUGAAAAGGAGUUGAGUUUGUUCAAUGAUAGUAGGAAUAGUACGUCGCUUCAACGUGUGAAAAGAACUUGACGAAUGUAAUCAAUGCAAGAAGACUGUAGGAGUUGACACAAUUCACUCAGAACUCUUUACAAAAAAGAUUGGAUUUAACUUGUAACAAAAAGAGAAUUGGUGGCUGAAGGGACAGGCGUCUGUGAACAUGGGAGGCGUGAAAAACCUGAAGUGGGGAGGGAGGAGGACUGCUUAACCCCCUAAACCAUUGGGGGGCUGGAAAACCCUACGGGUGGUUGGAGGGGGGGUCUAGUUCUGUUUUAUAAUGAUGGAGUUAAAGUGAGUGCUGGGUGGCCAAGUGGUCUAAACUAAGCCAAUCUCAAGUUCAUUGUCUGGAGUACAAUCCCCACCAAAGCCCAGUCAAGCAAAAACAUCACCAGCACCUCGGCUAGACGGGACUCGUUAACCUUGGAUGGCAACUCAUGUGAGAGAAGGAAACUCUGGAUUCAAACCCAGAGAUGGAGUCCCGUAGGCAGAUAACAUUGGCACAAUGAAACAUACGGACAACUCCUGUGACAACACUGGUGCCAAGUUGUAGCAUCCACAUGAUGUUGCCUUGGGUUAUUCAGCGGUGUGGAGAGAGGUGAUUUGCUAAAUAGGGAAUCAGCUUAUAAUCCUAGAAAAAUAAUUCCUAGCCUUGUGGAUUUUGUCCUGCAAAGUCUACACAAUCGUCACAUUGUGACGGACAGAUGCCAGCAAAAACAAAAGGAAAGUUAAGUUUUUGUUCAAAUGGGUGAUCAGAAAAAAUAGUGGAAAAUCAUAUUCACUUUUUACCAUUUUCUUUCAACGUAAAAUUUAAAUCAAAUCUGAUCAUGCUUUAAAAAGUUUUUAAUUUAAAAAAAAAAAAAUUAUUAUUUUUAAAAAAUUACCAUUAAAAUAUAUUUUAGCAUUGUAUGUUUUCUUCAAUAUUUUCAAUUACUGAUAAAAAUAUUAAGAGGCUUUCAUGAGAAAUUCAGAUUUUCAAAAUAAAUUAAAGGAGACUAAAUAUCAACUUAAAGAUUGCAUUUAUUUCUUCUUUUUUUUUAAAUUUAUUUUAAAUGCAUCCCUUAUUUUUUUUAAAUAUUUUUUUAAUUUUCAAAUUGUAUUCUCUCCUUUCAUUGUUGGCAAUUAGUGAAGGGACUUUAGGAGAAUUCCAUGUAAAAGUGGAAACAACAAUCAAAAAUUAAAUUGCAUAAAAUUUGUUGCUAUAUAAAUUUAUUUCAUGCAUCUUGAUAUGGUGUCAUUUUUAUUAUCUUUGUUUUGUGUGACACAUGACCUGGUGGCCAUCUUGAAUAAAGAACAUCUUGUCUGCACAUUUUAAUAGAAAUUUUAAAACUUUUAUUGAGUUUAAUUCCAUUUUUAUUGUCAUGGUCAAUCUCACUUGAUGGACAAGCAUUAAAACAUUGCUAUUUAUGUUUAUUUAAGUUUUUUAAGUUUAUUCAACUGACAUAUUUACUGAAUGCAAGUUAAAAUCAUUUUCUGAAAGUUACAUGAGUUACGAUGGAAUUCACUUUCAGCUUGAAUAACUAGAUUCAUCGUUGGCCAUUAGUCAAGGGGACUAUUAUUUAGACACUGCAUACUUUUUUAAAUGCCAUUAGUAUUCUUUUCAUAAUUCUACAUAUAUUGCUUUAAACAUACCGGUACACAUAAACAUUUGAAAUUUUACAACAUCAUUUUAAUUUAUUUCAAAUUUAGUGAUCUUGGGAAAUAUACUUUUUACAAAAUUUAAUAAGAAGCUUUUUUUUAAAAGAAAAUUUUAAGAAACUUUUUUGUUUUUUUGUUUUUCAGGACAAAAAGAAAAAAGACAAAAGAAAGAAGUCAAAAAAGAGAAGGCAUUCAAGUUCAUCAUCAGACAGUGGUGACAGUGAUUCAGAUGACAGGCAGCAGAAGAAGAGCAAACAGGACGCCAAAGGAAAGGGGGACAGGGAGCAACGGCCUGAGGAUGAUUACAACAGCAGUGAUAAUGGAGCAUCCAAGUCAAGAUACAAAGCUGCGCCUCGUCCUUCCGGCCAGUUUUCUCCAACAGAUCAGAGGAAAGAGUCCGGCGGCAAUAUUGUGGCAAAGGGUGUAGGUCGAGGUGCGGAGGGAUGUGGUAGUGACAGUGAAGAAGAUUGGGGUGCUAAAGGCAGGGGGAAGAAAGGGGCGGAGGCUGCAAGUUACUCUGGGGAUAGGGAGAGUAGAAAAGAUCAGAGAGGGCGAGAGAAGGGAAGGGAGAGUCCCGAGAGAGGAGGGGCAAGAAAAGAUUUUUCUUUUUAUGGCAGUCAGGACAAAGAGAAGAAAUUCAGUCCAGCAGAGAGAAAGGCACGAAGCAGAAGCAGUUCUGAUAGUAGUGGAGAUAGGGGUAAAGUCGGAGGAAGGGGUGGGGGGCAGCAGGACGGGGAUAAGAGGGGCAACAGAAAUUCUGACUCGUGGGACGACAGAAAGAAAGAUGAAGAUAAAGUCAGCCCAAAUAAUAGCUUCAGGGACAGACCCAAGUCUGGCAGCCGAUGGGACGGAGGGUCUAAUAGAUCAGGUGGCCGUAAUGACUCAUUUGGUGACACCUCAAAGGAAGAGGACAGGAGACGGGACAGUCCUGACAGGAAGGAUAGACGACAGGAUUUUGCUGGAGGUUAUCGUGGACGUAGGGAUGAUGACAGGGGCGGUGGUGGUGGGGGUAGGGAUGACAGAAAUUACAAUGAUGGUGGCGACGGUCAGUGGAGAAGAAAUAAUAACCGCAGGGGUGGAGGGUUUGCUCAAAGAGGCUGGGGUGGUGGAGGAAGGGGUUAUGGGGACCGGGGGAGGGACAGGAGGUUUUCUGGUGGCAGAGAUGGGCAAGGCAGAGGAUCACAAUGGAAACCACAAGAGUCAGGGCGACAAGCCAGGAGAAGUCGCAGUAGCAGCAGUCGUAGCCGCAGUCGCAGUAGCUCUAGUAGUGCUCGAGGGUGAGAAUGAUGGAGAUUUCUGUAGAGUUGUCACGAGAUUUCUAAUGCUUUGACUGGGUGUGAGUGAAAGACAAGCACAGGGGCUGUAGAAUUUUGGUGUCAUGUUUGACUGUAACUCAUGUCAUUUUAAGUCCUUUUUAAGAAUAAAUGUGUCCUCUCAGAGCAAAAUGAGAUUAUUAUUUUCUUUAAAGUUUCUUAGCUUAUUGCACUGAACUCAGAAUUGUAGUUUAAUGCUUGCCAAAGGAAUAAAUAUAUAAGUUACAACACAGAAACAAAUAAGUUGGUAAUCCUAGGUCUUGACCAAACAUGACUGCAUGGACAUAGGUCUUCUACAGAAAGUCUGUAGCUUUACAAUAUGCUACAUAAAUAUUAAUAACAUUGAUAAGUUAGAACCAUUUUUCUUUUGUUAGUUCCAUGCAUAUUAACUGGCUAGAAGAUUUUGAUUGAUAGAACACUGGGAAGAGAGAGCUCUUGGUUAAAACCCUUAGUUCACAUAUUAUUAUUAAACCAAGUACAUUGUCGUUUCAUGUUUAAAGUACAUGCCCCUCGGGAUUGAUGAAGAAAUGUUUCAGACACCAUAUCGUCUCUUAUUCUCACACGGGUGAACUUGUAUUAACGCUGGCCAUUCAUCACUAGGGUCGCUCUCAUUUUGCCUUGAACACACACAC